UUUUGACCACCCCACCUGUUUUUGGUCACGCGCGCAAAGAUUUGUGGGUAGCGCACAGGACCAUUCAACACUGGACUUUGAAGAGAUCUGGUACCUACAUGUGACUCCCACCAGGUUUGUGUUGUCCGCCAUUUGCAAAACAACAAGGUAAGCUUUAAUUUGAUACCAAAUUCGACUAUUUUAGAGACGUGUUCGAUUUUUUCUCUUUAUCUAAAAGUAGAAGAUGAUUAGUAUGACUUUUUGGAGAUUUUUGGCUGUGUUUGAGGUUAAUUUUACCGCUUUUAGUGUUGAUUUACGCUAAAUGAAAUCGAUAGGAUUUUAGCCUGUUGUAUUGACUAUUUACACGGAAAAUUUGGCUGACAUUGUUCUUGUUUUACCAAAGUUACACCGGCGAGAUGUCGGGGACCUCACGUUUUCCCAUUGGAGAGUGGGCACGGCAAAGGAAGGAGAAACGACAGGUUUUAUGAAGCGAAUAAGUCUAUUCAAGACUUGGAGGGAAAAAUUACAGAGCUAAAGAGAAAGCGAGGGUUAUUAGAAAAUGAAAUAGUGCACCUGCCAAGAGGACAACAUGUUGUAACACCGACCACUCUAGAUGAAAACAACAGUGACAAGUGUGUUGGUUUGUCACACAACAUUUCAGCUAAGAGAAGAAAGCUUACGUAUGAUUGUGCCAAGAAAGUUCACUCUACGCCAAGUACAGAACCUGAAGGUCAAUGUGCAACUGCCAAUGGACUUUGGAGCACCUUGGUUAAAAACUGUAAAACUAAAGUAGUCAUUGAUGUACUGAAAAAGUCAAAAACUGUUUGUAAAACAGUUGUCCCACAGAUUGUGGCUAAAUCUGUAGCUAAAUUUGAAAAGUCCUCAACAAAUUUUCUCAGGUCUGUAAGUGUGCUAUACAGGGGUGGAAUUCUUAGUAAGAGAAAAUAUUGUAAUAUAAGAUCUUCAGAAGUCUUUGAUUAUGACAUCCCAACAAAGAAGCGAAAGCGCACAGAGUUUAAAGAGGGUUGUAGAUUACCUGCACUUGUACCUUACAAGGAGCUGAUGAAAUUUAUAGAGGUACAAGAUAUUGGAAAACUUCAUAGCAUACCGCAGGCUACUGCUGAGAGUGACGUAGAAAAGGAAAACGAAGAAGUUGAUGGCAACUUACUGCCAGUGAUCCCUGGGUAUUAUAUUGACCUUAAAGAGCGUUUACUCCAAAUGGCAGACCUCUACCUUCACAUAGAUAGCCAUAUACCUAAUUUUCUUACAUGGUUUGGUAAACAGAAGGGUCAUUUUUUAGUAGCAAUGGGUGCAGAUGGUGCCCCUUUUGGUAAGGCUAAUGAGGCUUGUGCAUGGCUUGUUUCAUUUUUGAAUGUUUCAGAAAGAGUUGCCUCACCAGAUGAUAAUUUUUUGAUUUGUGGUGCCAACUGUAAAGAAGAUCACCCUGCCAUGGUAGAAUAUGGGAAACAACUUAGAUCAGAGAUGGCCACGAUUGCAAGUCAAACUUUUUCAGUAAAAAAUCAGCAGGUUAAGUUUGAAUUUAAACUUGUUCCAUCAGAUAUGAAGUGGCUAGCAAAAUUUUCUGGAGAACUGAGCAAUGCUGCUAAAUACCCAUGUUCUUUUGCAAAUGUGCAACUUAGUGAAUUACAGGAAAGAGGGCAAAGCUUGAGUAACAAUCCUCAAAGUAAGUGGAGGCCAUGGGAAUAUAAAUUCAGGGAAGAAGUUGCCAAAAAGGUGACACAAUUUAAAGAAAAACAGGCAAGGCCAAUUAAUGCUGCUCAAGAGCAGACAUUGCGUACCAAAGUAUGCAACCACAUAGCAAGCCUUAAAUCUAGACAAGAAUUUGAGCCAAUUCUUGGUCCAGUUAUUCAAAAUGCAAAAUGUGAUAAUCUUCAUGUGGGAAAUAAUUGUUGGGGGCAUUGGCAUAAGUUGCUUUUCACCCAUGUUUUGGCUAAAGCAAAGAUUCCCACCAGUACAAAGUCUGUUUUUCAAUUGCCAGAAGAUAACUCAUUGCGUAAGCAUUUGAAGGCUCUCCGGUUUAAAUUAAAGUGCAAGAAGAUGUAUAAUAAGAUUUUGCAAUGGUUUAAAGAGAAACGAAAGACAUCUCCUUUUGAAUUUCGGUUCACUGGGGAGGAAACUAAGAAAUUUUGUGAUGGCUUUAUGUAUCUUGUUGAAGCUCAAAUUGAGGAGGGUGACAUUGAGCAAGCCAAGAGCUUUUUUGUGUUAUCUCUUGGGAGAAUGGGUCUUCACCUAAGGAACAGCUUGUCCCUUGCUAGUAGGGUCUCCAAUAUUAGUUACAGUGAUCUACCAAAGUUAGAGCAGGAUUGCACACAAUAUUUUAAUCUAACAUCAUUAUUUCACUCUGCAAAUCUCAGUGUUUGGGCAAUGGGCUACUGUGUGCCAUUUCAUACUAAACAGCUUUUUGAAGAUCUUGGUGUGGGUUUAGGAAUUAAUUCAAUGCAGGGAAGAGAGUCUAAACACCAGCAACUUGCUUCGUUUGCUAGUUUUUCCCUUGUAAAACACAGAUGGGCUAAAGUGUUUAGACAUGAGCACAUGUCCAACAUUUGGAUAAGGCAACAGAAUCCAUUUCAUGAUACCUAUAAGAAAUGUAAAGACACAUAUGUGCCAAAGCGGUGCAGCACUGCAGGAUAUUGUUCAUGUGGUAUGCCUUUAAGCACUGCAAGUGCAUGCAUGUACUGCUCAUGUGAAAUUUCAAAAGAAAUUAUUGCUUGUGGUUCAGCAGGGAAACUAACAGUAAAGAUGAAACAAAUUCUUGCUGAAGCUCAAAAAUGAAAAGUUUCUGUGAAGCUUGGCUGGAUAACAUCAGAUUAAGGGUGUUCAAAGGUGGUGGCUAGACAAUUAAAUAUUGAGAUAGUAAGAUGUUUUUCUGAGGAGAGUUCAUUUAUAACAAAAGCUGUAAUGUUUUGGUGUUUAAGGUUAUAAUGUUCUUGUUAGUUCAUUAAAAUUACAUUCCACAUGGA